AUGAUUACAUCAGAGUUUGAUCACUACAAAAAAACAUUUAUACAAACAACUAUGGAGCAACCAAAUUACGUUGCAUAUCCAGAUCAUUUAUCACAAUCCUAUCGUUUUGUAACUCCAGCUAAUUACAAAAAUGGUUCUCCACCAUUUGUCAAUCAAUCUUUUGAUCGUUUUAAUAUUGCACAGCAUACAAUCCGUCCGAAUCAAUACGUAUCGCAUCUAAUACGACCAACACAAAAUCCUCAGAGACUACCAAAACCAGUACAAGCCAGAUUUAAUCAAUUACCUCCUAGACUUCAAUAUCAAAGCAAUUAUUUACAGCAAAUACGACCUCAGAAUUCUAUUUCCAAAGGUCCUGUCUAUAAUCCUAAAAUCAAUAAGGAUCAAAAAGCUAAUACUAAUACACAAGGUAUAAUUAUAAGUGAUGAUGAUGAUGAUUACGAUAUAGAUGAUGACCUUCUACUAAAUUUAAUUCCAUCAAAAACAACGAAACAAUCAUCUGUACAUAAUUCAAAAGUUAAAUCUGAUAAUGAAUAUUGUCACACAUGUGGUACCCAUAUUCCUACACAUCUUCAUAAUUUACAAAAAUAUCUCGAUAAUCAUUGA